AUGAUGGAGGAUACUGCGCUCUUGAUCGAUCAGCGAUCGUCAGUCUCCACCAAAGAGAGUGAUGUUCACGAGCGCGAUCUGGGACCUACGAAUCCCAUCGAAGGAGCCAAAAUCGCUCUGAAGCGUGACUUUCCAUGGCUUGAGUUCAUGUAUCACACUGCAGUACUCGCCAUAGUUGGUAUCCUUCUGUGGAUACACAUCAUCGGACUCUUUUGGAGGGAUUUCAAGAUCAAGAACCAGAAACGGCAGAACAUGGAACUCCAGGCAUUUCAGGUCGCGUCCAAGGCUCACGAGUUGCUGAUGCUCGCAUCACUAUCCAUGAUUGUCUUUCACUACAUGCGAAGACUGCUGGUCGGGCGAAACGGUAUUCCCUUCGGACUCGUCAAUGCACUUCAUGUCACAGGCUCGCCCAGCAUGCUGUUCAAGUGGUCAUUCUGGGCGGGUUUCACGAAGACUGGAUCGCGCGAUGACUUGCUCUUCACAGACCUACGUGCGAGCAGCGUUCAACGGAAGGUCUCCAUCAAGACUGGUAAUGGCCCAAAGGGCGGCUGGGCCUACACCACCGUCAUCACUGAGCUGAGCUCGAGAACACUCGGUACAUUUUAUAACUAUGCAAGACACAACAAUGCUGGCGGUACUAGAGACAUGGCAUAUCCCCGAUUGCGCAUCAUAGCGGACACUCCAAUUCACCAGCCCAUCGUCUAUGUGAAGUGUAGCCUCUCUUUGUGGACCCAAGUUCCGGAUCGACUACGUGUUCCAUUUCCGAACAUCGAUAGGUCACAGGCAUGGGGGCAGGAGGCAUUGCAUCCUGAAGCUGAGACAAAAUACGCCAAGCCUAACGAUACCAUCUUUGAUCGGCUACCGAGUAAGAUCGCGAGAUUCAAAUGGUACAAAAGCAACAAUGGGAAUUUGUCAUCAUCGCUACUUGCGUUGGCAAUCAUCCCUGUCUCGGCCAAAAACUCAACAAAAGACAGAUACCCAUCCACUGCCACUGUGGCAUGCUCAACUGAUGCAAGGUGGGUCUCUAGCGAUGCAUAUUACCAGCCCAAGAACUCGACCACUGUCUCGAGCAACGUUUCUGAUGCACUCUCCGAGACCGAAUGGAAACCCGAAAAAGCACUCCUCACCAAGUUGGGCAUAUCAGAAAACCCGCUCGACUUGAGGCUCGACUGGGCGCAUUUUCUGAACCGACAGCAAAGCGAGUGGUUAGCCGACAACUCUUCCUCCACUGUCAGUGGCAUGGCCCGGUUCCUCAAUACUGCCAUCAUCCGCCCUAAUCAAGAAGACAACCGAAUUACGGCGUUCUAUGCGCCUAAUAUGACGACCCCAGACACGGGCGGCGCAUUCGAAGAGGCAAUAGCGAUGCUGGUGGGAACGGUGCUUGUGGACGGCAUAGCGCGAAGCAUGUCUAGAUUAUCCUCUUUCGUCAAAACUAACGCCACCGCUGACGUGGUAACAAGACUUGAAACCUUCCUUCCUUCGGGCGAGAGACUCUUCAAGUGGAAUCCAGACAGCUACGUUCCCGGUUUCUACUCAGUUCGCAUCACACUCGAUUCCUACGGAUACGGAUACGGACUCCAGAACACAGCCGUCUGGGCAGCCAUGAUUGUCCUGCUACUCUUUGCGCUGAUGUUGAUUGUGCAUGUAGCAUUUGUAGGCUAUUCUGUCGCUAGGGGACGGUACUACGGUGGCGAGUGCUGGGAGGACGUAGCGGAGCUUAUCGCAUUGGCAAUGAAUUCGGCGCCGAGCGAGAAGUUGUACGGCACGAGUGCGGGUGUGGAGCGCGCCGAUACAUGGAGGAGUAUGAUCAAGAUCCAGGAAACAGGCGACCAACAUCUGGAAUUGUGUGUCGUGGAUGGACAUCAGGAGGAUGGAGAGACGGUCAAGAUCGGGAAGAAGUACUUGUAA